CCGAGUUGUCCGUUGCAUAUCCACAACUCAACUCGGUAAAAGCAUUUUUCAAGACCCACUCAAAAUCAAAUAGAUUUUGGGUGAGGGACUACGACGGCGACGACGACGACGACGACGUCACCGGUCAAGUGUCAGUUUUAUCCCGUGAAACAAAAACCACUGUAAAUUAAAGCAUUCGGUUUGUGUGUGUGUAAGAGAGAGAGAGAGAGAGAGAGAGAGAGAGAGAGAGAGAGAGAGAGGGUUUCAGGCGAGUGAAAAAAUGGCCAUUGCUGACGAGAACUCACCGUCGGACGGUAAAGUUUGGGGAUUGUUUAAGCUACCGUUUCGAAACUCAGGAAAUUCGCAUUCAACGACGUCGUCGCACAGUACUCAUCAACAGCAACAAAGUCAGAGUCAGAGUCAGAGUAAUUCGCAUGUGCAGGGAUCGAAUGUUCAUAACAACAGUUCGAGCUCUGUAUCUUCCGUUGCCAGAUCUCUGCUUCCGACACGGCGUCGCUUGAGGCUUGAUCCGUCCAAUAAACUGUACUUUCCAUAUGAACCUGGUAAGCAAGUCCGAAGUGCUAUUAGGAUUAAAAAUUCAAGCAAGUCUCACGUAGCUUUCAAGUUCCAAACAACUGCACCAAAAAGCUGUUUCAUGCGUCCUCCAGGAGCUAUUCUUGCUCCUGGUGAAAGUCUCAUAGCGACUGUUUUCAAGUUUGUGGAGCCUCCAGAGAACAAUGAAAAACCAAUGGAUCAAAAGAGCAAGGUGAAGUUUAAAAUCAUGAGCCUAAAGGUGAAAGGACCGAUGGAUUAUGUACCUGAGCUGUUUGAUGAGCAGAAGGAUCAAGUGGCAGUGGAGCAGAUAUUGCGGGUUGUUUUCUUGGAUAUUGAACGUCCUAGCCCGGCUUUGGAGAAAUUGAACCGCCAGUUGGCUGAAGCUGAGGCUGCUCUUGAGGCUCGCAAGAAGCCUCCAGAGGACACGGGUCCAAAGAUUAUUGGUGAAGGGCUCGUAAUCGAUGAAUGGAAAGAACGAAGAGAAAGAUACCUGGCUCGACAGCAGGUUGAAGGGGAGGUGGACUCGGUAUAAAUUGGAGGUUUUUAUUUCUGUGAACUGUUUAUUUUUGUAUGAAUAUUUGAGUAUAUUUCUAUUGAAUCAUUGAUGGAUGUAUGAUCUUCUAUCUUCCAUGCUUUGAUGUCUUGAAGAAGUUGGGUAGGAGACAAGUAUUAAAUCUGUUGCUGUAAAAAUUGUGAGUUGUUUCUUGUGACUUGAGGUACUUCACAUUUGGCUUGUUGCCACCAACCUGUAGAUAUGGAAUUGGCUUGCUUGCUUAAGAGAGAAAAACUAUUGGUUUCUUUGGGUCACAAACUACUCUUUUUUAGGUUUUUAUGUCAUGCAUCGGAUAUGGUAUAGCGUGCAUGUUAUUUUAUGGUAAUCAUCUCCCUCCCCUCCUCUUUCCUUAACUGGCAGGCGUUCUUUAUCGCUGACAGCGUAGUUACUGCGAUAUUUUGAGAACAUA